GGCAAAUCUCGCGAUACUUACAUCCGGGUUCAAAGUUGACGUUGGCCAUGUGUGUAUGUUGCCGCAUCUACUCACUACAGGACUAGAUGCAGCUAAAGUUUGCGCUUUAUUCAUAAAUAUUUAUGUAUAUACGCAUUCAAAUUUGGUUUUAAAAGCUGACAUAAGCUUUUAGGAGACUGUAUAUUUCGUCCACGGGAGUUAGUUGAAUGUAAAUAGUCUGCUCUGCUCUGCUUCGCGUUAGCUUCAGCUGAUUAUGGUCAGUGUUUCAUCCUUUAGCUGCAUGAUGGCUUAGCGGGACAUGUUUAAAACCCGACCACUGUUGAGUGCCUUAGUGAACCACAGACUGACGUUGGAGAGAAACGGUGGCCCUCUUAGUAAGUUAUUUUGCAUAAUGAGUGAAGCAUCCAGAGAUGAGCCGACAGCCAAGCUGCUGAAAAGAGCCAACGAGGAGAAUGAGGACUCUGCUGAGAAGGUGCAGGCUACAAAGAAAUUAAAAGCGGAGGGGGAACAAACUGAAGAUGAAAAGAAAUAUCCCAAAAAGAAAGUGGUCCUCCUCCUGGCAUACUCUGGAAAGGGAUACUAUGGGAUGCAGAGAAAUCCCGGAACCUCUCAGUUUAGGACCAUCGAGGAUGAGCUGGUCACUGCACUUAUUAAAUCAGGUUGCAUUCCUGAAAACCACGGCGAUGACAUGAAGAAGAUGUCUUUCCAAAGAUGUGCCAGAACAGAUAAGGGCGUGUCUGCAGCUGGCCAAGCUGUGUCUCUAAAGAUACGAUUGAUUGAAGACACCAUUGAAAAGAUCAAUGAGCAUCUGCCGCCACAGAUCAGCGUGCUCGGUCUUAAACGGGUGACCCAGGGUUUCAAUUCCAAAAACAACUGUGAUGCUCGUACAUACGCCUACAUGCUUCCAACAGUGGCCUUUUCCCCAAAAGACUAUGAUACUGGCAACAUAGCAGCCUUUCGCCUCGAGCCAGAGACACUUCAGAGGGUGAACCGUCUGUUCGCUCUCUACAAAGGCACCCACAACUUCCACAACUUCACCUCCCAGAAGGCUCCGAGUGACCCCAGCGCCCGUCGCUACAUCACAGAGAUGUCCUGCGGAGAGCCUUUUAUCAACAGCAAUACUCAGUUCGCAGUGAUCACUGUACGAGGCCAGAGCUUCAUGCUGCACCAGAUCCGGAAGAUGAUCGGCCUGGUGAUUGCGGUGAUAAAGGGCUACGCGAAGGAGGACGUGAUGGAGCGGAGCUGGGGGCAAGAUAAGGUGGACGUGCCCAAAGCUCCAGGGCUGGGGUUGGUCCUGGAAAAGGUUCACUUUGACCGGUACAACAAGCGAUUCGGAGGAGACGGGCUGCACGAGCGUCUGGAUUGGGAACACGAGGAGGAGGGGAUAAAGGCCUUCAAGGAAGCUCACAUCUACCCCACCAUUGUUGAGACGGAGUGUCAGGAGGGCUCCAUGGUCAGCUGGAUGUCCACGCUUCCUAUUCAUGACUUUGAAGCUACAGCCACAGCUACCGACACACCCGACGAUAAGGACCAGAAACAGGACAAUGCAGACGUAGGAAACGACUCGGAUUAGGUCGCCCUGCCUGCUGAAAGAAGAGACGCUUUCUCACCAAAACAUUCUCUUUAGCUUUCUUUUUAGUAUAUCUUCCAAGAUUUACUUUUUUUUUCAGUGGGAUUCAAUUCUGCUUCUCUUAUACAAAUGUUAUUAAACAAACAACAAGAUAAUAAAACAUUUCUCCGUUCUUUAUUGUA